UGACUUGGAUCAAUCGCCCUCGAAGCGAAUGUAACAAAAGUCUGGUAAAAAUCAAAGCAGCGCAGCCGUUACUCUUUAUCACAGGAGACAGGCCCCUUUAUUCAGCUUCAUCAGCGAGUCUAAGACGUAUUUCGUUAGCUGAAAUGAGGCUCAUAAGCAUUGGAGUAAAUUACCAGCCGAGCAUUACAGCACACUGCGGUGAUUUAUUCCAGCUCUAAAGCUGCAUACGUUCUGCUUCGUCAUCACUUUGACUUCUGCCUGCUUUCUGUCCACGCCACAUUACCUCCUCUCAGAGAGACAGUCCUCGAGGUAAAAUAAGGUUUUAUAUGGUGCAGAAUUUACAUUUGAUGUGAGUUUUGUGGGUUUUUCUGUCCACAGAGAUAUUUCCUUUGCGUAGAUUCACCUGACAGGGAUGCCGUGACCACCUGAAAGUUGAAGACUUUUACAAGAUCACGUCUCUCUGAAACCAUCGCCUUCACUUUGUAAUGCUCUGUCUCUCCCUAACGAACAUCUCUUUACUUAUUUUACCAUCUGUCACCCUUAUCCUUGUUUAGGGAUUUGAAUCUGCUGAGUGUGGUCUAAUCCUCAGCCCUCGUCUUAGCGAGGUAGGUGCGGUAUAACCAGAGUGGCAUUUACAGCCUUUGCGGUCCACACUCCUGUGCUUGGUGGCCUGCUGAAUUCUGGAAAGAGUACAAGCAUGGAGUAGAUGAAGAUACAAAGAGCCAGGAGCCUCCAGUUCGUUUGUACUUCUUGUUUUCAUCCCAGAGUAAUCUCCUUUGAGGUAAGACCUGUCAUCUUCGUUCUGCAACAGCCGCAGCAGGGAUUACAACGCCUCAUGUUUGACACUAUUUCCUUUAAAAUGAACAUUUAACUCAGAAAAACUUUGAUUUACAGCAUCGUGUAUUUCUAAAAUGGUUGAAACAAACCAAGCUGAGGGUGACCAGGACCAGCAGCCUUCAGAGGAAGAGCUCGAUGAAGGAGAGAAAGCCAUGCUGCUCAUCAGUAAAUACGCUGAAGCUCGGCGUGCGCUGCCCUGGGAUCAGUGGACUCUCCGAGAAAAAGUCAGCUAUUACAUGGAUCGACUCUUCCUCUUGUUCAUCGUCUUGUUCUUGCUGGUGAUAGUGGGAGAGUGUAGCUAUAAAAUCUGGUAUGUGACCAACAUGAAGAAGAUAACAGAGUUCGUGUCGGACUUAGUGCUCUCUCUGUUCGGUUGGCUCUUCACCGCGGACAGACAGGAGGAGCUGGCUGAACUAUAAACUGCACAUAGAUGGUUUAUUUUUUAACACUAUUGUUUCAUGUGUUUCUUCAAAUGUCCAUUACAGAAGUUAUUGUCUAACUGAUCAGAUAUGCCAAUACGUUUAUAUGCAAAUGAUGUACGAACAAACAAUAUGUUUGCUAUUGACUUAAAGGAAAUAAACAAUGCUUGAAAUCAC